AUGGGCGUCGUAAAACUACUUGUUUCUGCUCUGAUCGCAAGCUCUCUAUGCUCGGCGAAUCCGCAUGCGUUGGAGGAGCGUCAAGUAUACGCCUUGGUCGGGGACGGUUUCGAGCAAGCGACAACCACUCUGGGAAGCUACUACAACUAUUGGAAGAAGCUGCCCAAUGGAACCUUUGACCUCACCCGCAGCGACCGUUCCCCGGUGACGACUCCAAAGGUGUUGCCUAUGAUGGGAGACCGAUCUUCGAUCAAGAUCGAACCGAACCGCACCGGCUUGGUAAUCAUUGACAUGCAAAACUACUUCCUGCACCCAGACUUGUCUCCGGGGGCCAAAAACGGCCGGGGCGCGGUCCAGCCCACGGUCAACAUGAUCAACGGCUUCCGCAAGCAUGGCAUGAAGGUCCUCUGGGUGAACUGGGGACUGACAGAGUAUGACCUCCUGACCAUCCCACCCGCGUUCAAGUCGGGGUUCAGCGGGGGUUCGGAUCUCGCCAAUGAGACCUUUGGCAGUGACAUGGGCACCAUCAAGGAGAACGGGACGACGAUCGAAGUUGGUCGUCUGUUGAUGCGUGGGUCUUGGAACGCCGAGCCCUAUGGUGUGUUGGAAACAAUGAAGAAUGAGGGUCUCGCAGCCGGCACGGAUAUGUUGUUCAACAAGAACCGUCUCUCCGGUCUCUGGGGUCCUCAGACGCCUUUCGGGAUCUGGCUCCAAGAAAAUGAACUGUCGACGCUGUUCUUCGGUGGUGUCAACGCCGACCAAUGCGUCUGGUCCACCUUGGUGGAUGCUUACUUUAAGGGCUAUGAUGUGGUUUACGUCGACGACAUCUCUCAGACAACAAGUCCACCUUAUGCUCAAGAGAUGUGCCGAUACAACGCUGACGGAUACGGAUUCGUAGCCAACACCACCGCUGUAUUGAAGGCUCUUGGAUAG